GCGAGGCGGCGGUCGGAGACGCCGGAGGUCGGUCGCUCUCGACCCCGGCCGGUCCUCCCAGUCCCACCACCACGGCGGAGUCCGCCAAGCCCACCCGCUGUCGAGUCGUCAUCUACUUGCAGAAGGAGAUGUCCGGGGACACCUGCCUGGCCUCCCUCUGCCCCGCGCCGAUGGCGGGCGCCCGGCCCAAGAGCUGUGGGUUCAAAUCCGGCGCCCCGGGCAACAAGUACGUGCGGCUGAAUGUCGGCGGCUCCCUCUACUACACCACGGUCCGGGUGCUGACCCGCCACGACACCAUGUUGAAGGCCAUGUUCAGCGGCAGGAUGGAGGUGCUCUCGGACAGGGAAGGUUGGAUCCUCAUUGAUCGUUGCGGGAAACACUUUGGCACCAUCUUGAAUUACCUGCGAGACAACACGGUGGCCUUGCCCAAGAACGGCCAGGAGAUCAAAGAGCUGAUGGCUGAGGCCAAAUACUACCUUAUCCAGGGUCUGGUAGACCUCUUUCAGGCUGCCUUGCAGGACAAGAAGGAGUCCUACCGGCCCGUCUGCAGCAUCCCCGUCAUCACCUCCCCCAAGGAAGAGGAGCGGCUCAUUGAAUCUGCCAUGAAGCCCGUGGUGAAGCUUCUAUACAACCGGAGCAACAACAAGUAUUCCUACACCAGCAACUCUGACGACAACUUGUUGAAGAACAUAGAACUGUUUGACAAGCUUUCUCUCCGCUUCAACGGCCGAGUCCUUUUCAUCAAGGACGUGAUAGGGGACGAGAUCUGCUGCUGGUCCUUUUACGGCCAGGGGCGGAAACUGGCCGAAGUCUGUUGCACCUCCAUUGUUUAUGCCACAGAGAAGAAGCAAACCAAGGUUGAGUUCCCAGAGGCCCGUAUCUACGAGGAAACGCUGAACGCCCUGCUUUACGAGACGCCCCGGGUGCCCGACAACUCCCUCCUGGAGGCCACCAGCCGGAACCGAAGCCAGGCCUCCCGGGGCGAGGAAGACGACUCGGGCCUCGAGCUUCGCGACCGUGUCCGGCGCAUCCACGUGAAGCGGUACAGCACCUACGAUGACCGGCCGAUGGGCCACUAGAGGAGGCGGCGCGGGAGAGGACGGCCCCCCGCUCUCCGGGAAGGCUCGGCCUCCGUGCGCAGCGCGACUCUCUCCAGGGGCCCCGCCUGGAGAGGCAUCUUCUCCGCGCCAGCCUGGAAGCAGAGGCGAAGGUCAGGGUGGCUUUGGUUUUGGCAAAGCCGCGCCAGUUCGCUCCGUGGAAGGCCUGCGUUCCAGAGUGCCAGCCGUAGGAGCCCUUCUUCAUUUUUAAUCCUCUCUCUCUAUGUUUGUUUUUUUGGUUUUUUUUAAAUAAGUCUUUCUCACAUUGCUGGGCUCCUUUUCCUGCCUAGAGGAAGAGGUUAGAAGUGUACCCCCAUUCUGUUUUCUUUCUUCCGCUCUGAAAGUGGUGCCUGAUCAAACUGCCUCAAGUUCUGCUUAGGAAGGACCUCCUUUGGGAUUAAUUCCUGCCAACCCUUCCUGAUGCCAAAGGCACAUGGAGGCUGCUGCCUCUUGGUGGCGACCCGUCUCCUUCCGUUACAAAACCCUCCCGGCUGCGAUGACUUCUGUGUGGCGUGGCCUGAAAUGGGGAGGACGUGAAACGCCCACUGGGGCCCCCGCGGUGAAAUAUUUCACGCAUUGGUGCUGGGGGAGAACUGGACACUAAGAAGCACCACCUCCUCUCUUCCUUCCACCCUGUUUCCAAUUGGUGCAAUUCGGGGGGGGGGAGCGGAGAGCUUGCGUUUCGGGGGGGGGAAGUGCCCUCUUCCGAAUCUUCGUGCCGGUUUGGUCCGGGGCUGCACGAUUUCUGGAUCGUGGGACGGUUCUUACACAAUCAACUUGCGUCAAGUUGCUAUCACCAGCAAAUUGUGGGAUUUCGGGGGGAGGGAUCAAGGGUUCCUCAUGAAAGUGUCUGUCCCCAGGUCCUCUUGGGCUUCAAACCUUGCCAGAACAGCCUUAAUGUUGACAGUUGCACCCAACCCUUUCGAGAGACGGGGGGGCAGCUUUGCAAAUCAGACACCUAAGAUUGUCCUGCCGUUGGGGUGGCCGCGAUCUUCUGCCUUCGGAGAUCACGUGCUGGGGAGAUGCCAGAGAACGGUGGUGGGAUGAUGGAUCCCUGCACUCACCCCCCUCCAAUUUGGACUCAAUGGGUGGUGAGUUUUGCACGUCAUUGAGUCGCAUCAGUAUUUUUUUUGGAAAAUCCAGUAGUGGCGUCUGAAUGUACCUGACACUGAAGGAAUAAAAAAAACAUGCAGUAUUA